AUGUCCAACUUCAACAUCAAGACCACCAGCGAAGAGGUUGUCGCAGCCUUUGGCGAUCAUGUCAAGGGAAAAACCUUUGUCUUGACCGGCGCUGCCCAGAACGGUCUCGGAGGCCAUGCUGCUGUGACGCUUGCCCUGCGGGAGCCAGCCCACAUCAUCAUUGCAUCCAGGACAGAAGACAAAGUCAAGCCAAUCCUAUCAGAAAUCGCAGUCAUCGAUAGUUCAAUCAAGACCACCUUUGUUCAGCUCGAUCUUACCGAUCGCGACUCGGUGCGACAAGCUGCAGAGAAGAUCCGCAAUGUCGCACCCAAGAUUGACGUACUGAUCAACAAUGCUGGCAUCAUGGCUGUUCAGGAAUACUCCAAGGAUAAGCACGGUGUUGAGUUGCAGCUAUCCGCGAAUUAUCUGGGCCACUUCCUCUUUACAAACCUGCUCCUCCCAAAUAUUAUUGCGGCAGGAGACGGCUCCCGAGUCGUCAAUGUGGUCAGCAUGGGCUACCGGGGGAGCCCCUUUCGGUUCGACGACUGGAACUUUUCCAAUGGCAAGACCUAUGACCCAUGGACUGGAUACGCGCAGGCAAAGACGGCCAGCAUUCUAUUUGCGUGGGCUUUGACAGAACGACUGCGGAGCCGUGGUGUCACUGCCACCUCUGUGCAUCCCGGCAUGAUUUGGGGCACUCACCUCGGCGAUCACCUCGACCCGACGACCGCUUACAAUGACAUUGCACCAACUGUGAAGAGAAAUACGGGGCGUGAUUGGGUUUGGACGGACCCCGAAGCUGCUCGUAGGACCAUGACACAGGGCGCGGCCACGACACUUGUGGCUGCACUCAGUCCCGAAAUUCCGGACAAGUCGCCGGCAUACCUCGCCAACUGUCAGAUACAAGAGGCUUGGGAGCAUGCGACUGGUUAUGACAAGGCAGACCGGCUUUGGAAGCUAAGCGAAGAGAUAUUGGGAGAGAAGUUCAACUAUUAA